GCAGUACUCAUCUUUAAUCACAGGUCAACAUUUUUGUGUUUGUUUUUUCACUUAAUAAACUGUAAAGCAGGAAACAAAAAUGAUGAACACCAUGUUUAUUUCAUAAUAGCUUUUCAGAAAAGUUAAACAAGGAAGCAAAAUAAUGAAAGAUUGUUUAGGGAAGAAAGAAUUAGAGCCCAGAAAAAGCUAAAAAACAUUUCUUUAUUCUUCAAAUAAAGCUUCCUUAGCUUCAUUGCAAAGUUGUUGGAUUCAUGAGAAUCUCCUGAGAUCUGGUCAUUCAUUGAUCUUUUUGCCCCCUUCUCUCUUAGUGAGCAUACGCAUAGAGGUAUAAAUCGUGAGAGAGAACGGGAAAGAUUGUUUUUUUUUUUUUUUAGAAGAGAGAUGUUGUUUGGGUGUCCAGGGCAGGUGAGUGGUUUACUGUUGAGAGUGGGGCAGUGCUGUUUUGCCGCAGCUUCAGUUGGGGUGAUGCUUUCGGCUCAUGGCUUCUACAAUUCUACUGCUUUCUGCUAUCUAAUUGCAUCAAUGGGACUGGAAGUUUUGUGGAGUUUUGGACUAGCUUGUCUCGAUUUGCAUGCUUUGAGAUCAAAGAAAAACCUGCGAAAUCCCAUCUUGGUGAGCCUUUUUGUUGUUGGUGACUGGGUGACAGCAAUUCUAUCACUUGCGGGUGCAUGCUCAGCAGCUGGGGUGACAGUUCUGUAUACAAAAGACUUAAAUUUUGAUUACUGCAAGUCACCACCGUAUUUCUCAUGCAACAGAUUCCAAAUUUCUGUAGUCUUGGCUUUUAUCUCCUGGUUCCUCCUUGCUAUAUCUUCUCAUGUCAUGUUUUGGCUUCUGGCUGCAGUUUAAGUGAUUUAUUUAACAAUUAACAUUACUGAACCCGAUUAAAAUGCUACUGUAAAUAUUUUAUUCAGAAGCACAUCCAGUUUCUCUGAAAUGCUCAAAGAUUUUUCGUUAUAUAAGCAUGCCACUUCUGAUA